AUGGCAUGCUUGUCAUUGGGUGGCAGCUGUGGAGCCAAGGAAAAAUAGUAGCGUGUGGGCGUGUUUACAGGCUUCCUUCUUCUUUCUCCUCCCUCCCCCAUUCACGAGAUCGGGAUGACUGAGAAGCAUUCCAGCUAAGAGCCGGGGCGCAAUAAUCGGACGACGGCGGCGGCGACGACGCGCAGUGAUUGGCCGAGGAGGAAUCGCGAUGGGUUCAGGGCAGAGUCACCCCGACAGCGCACACCACACGUUUAGAGUUCUGGCCACCUUGCUCAUCGGCGGUGCGGUGCUGGGUCUGUCCGUCAUCGGCUUCCGCCUCGCUCGGGCGGAGGCCGGGCGGAGCAAGAAGAAGAAGAGGGGCCCGAUUAGGGUGUACAUGGACGGAUGCUUCGACAUGAUGCAUUACGGCCACUGCAAUGCCCUCCGUCAGGCUCGCGCCCUAGGCGACCAAUUGAUCGUUGGCGUUGUCAGCGAUUCUGAAAUCAUCGCCAAUAAAGGCCCUCCUGUCACUCCUCUUAACGAGAGGAUGAUAAUGGUUAAUGGUGUUAAGUGGGUAGAUCAAGUUAUCUCUGACGCACCAUAUGCUAUCACAGAAGAUUUUAUGAAGAAACUUUUCAAUGAGUACGAUAUAGAUUACAUCAUUCAUGGUGAUGAUCCAUGCCUUCUUCCUGAUGGUACUGAUGCUUAUGCGCUUGCCAAGAAGGUAGGACGGUACAAACAGAUCAAGCGCACGGAAGGAGUCUCAAGCACUGACAUUGUUGGCCGAAUGCUUCUUUGCAUGAGAGAGAGGUCCACUCGAGAUACCCCUAAAAAUUCAUCCUUGCAACGCCAAUUCAGUCAUGGUCACAACCAAAAAUCUGAAGGCGGUGCUACUGGGAUAUCUCAGUUUCUUCCCACUUCUCGAAGAAUAGUGCAAUUCUCCAAUGGGAAGGGACCUGGACCGGAUGCUCGCAUAGUUUACAUUGAUGGUGCAUUUGAUCUCUUUCAUGCAGGACACGUGGAGAUCUUAAGAGUUGCACGGGACCGCGGUGACUUCCUCCUUGUUGGCAUUCAUACUGAUCAAACUGUUAGUGCCCACAGAGGUGCACACCGUCCAAUAAUGAAUCUUCAUGAGAGAAGUUUAAGUGUUUUAGCAUGUCGUUAUGUUGAUGAAGUGAUAAUAGGUGCUCCAAGGGAGGUGUCGAGAGAUAUGAUAACAACAUUCAAUGUCUCAUUAGUUGUUCAUGGGACCGUAGCGGAGGACAAUGACUUCCAGAAGGAAGAGGGAAACCCAUAUGCUAUUCCAAAAAGCAUGGGCAUUUUUGAAAUACUUGAGAGUCCGUUGGACAUUACAACUAGCACAAUAAUAAAGAGGAUUGUAUCGAAUCAUGAGGCUUACCAGAAGAGGAACGAGAAGAAGGCAGAAAGUGAGAAGAAGUAUUACGAGGGAAAGACAUACAUUAGCGAUUAGUACCAUCCAUCGUAGAUUUUACCUUCCAUUGUUUACUUUAAAAGUUGAUUCCUUUUUUGUAUCUGGUUUCUGGCAGGGGAUGCCAUAGGAUGCAGCAGUUAGUGUCAGCAUGUUUGUUUAAUUGUUUAUUUCAGGGUUCUGGUAUAUGUGCCUCCCUCUUUGGAUACUUACUUUUCUCCCUUUCUUUAUUCCAUAGUAUGUACCCAUGUCACCAACUGAAUUAUAAAGAAAUUUAUGGUCUGUUUGGCACACGGAAUGAGCAGAAUUGAAAUUGAAUUGGGGUUGAAAUUUUAUGGAAUUGAUUUUGAUGGAAUCGAGUUGUCCAAUUCAAACUCAUAUUUGGCAAUACCAAUUCCAAAUCAAACAGCAGAAUUGGA